AGCAAUUAUACUCCAAUAAAGAUGUUAAAAAAAAAAAAGAGUGGGGAGUUAUGCUCCACCUCCUCGAGGACAGUGUCUCUCCAUAAAUUAUUGAGAAUUCUUCUCAGCACAAUUUCCAUAACCAACUCCUACUUCCCUUUUUGUCUUCAUCCAUCCCUCUCUCCCCCACUCCAGGCUCAUCACAUUGCAGAUCAGUACAUUCAGGUUCUGGAUGGUACCAUUCCUUCUCUCAUCUCUGUUCUCACUAUUGCUGGACAUCCCUUGUCUCUCUCCCUUACAUGUUCAAUUCCCCUUUAACCUUCAGAACUGCUUACUCAAGUACCCUGGCCCCUAGGAAGUCUUACCAGAACCCAGUCUGCAUUAGGGGACUUUUCUCCCAGUCCCAAAAUACCCUGUGCACAUCCCCAUCCUGGCAUUCAUUCUUCUUUAUUGUUCAUUCUUAACAAUCUCCCCUGUUAGACCGAGAGUUCAAGAGCAGGGGCUGUCUUUUUACUUGCCUUCCUAUCCCCUGUACCUGUACAGUGCAUACAUCAGACACACAGUCAGUGUUUUUUUUAAUGAAUGAAUGAAUGAACUAUAAAACUUUCAGAAUCCCAGAUAUGAGAUUUCUCCUUUGAAUUUCCAGUCCUUUUGUCUUAUCAACAAUCACUGUAUUCUGCCUUGAAUUACAGUUACUUGGGUACUUAUCUUAUUCAUUUAAAUAGCUCCAGUGGUCUUCAAGGGCUGGGAUCCUGUUUUGUUUCUCAUGUAGUUUCGUGAUAUUUUUCACUGGCUUUGUCUCUCCUGUUGUUUCUAGGACAGUGUCUUGCACAAAAUGGGUGUUUAAUAAAUAUUUGUUGAAUGAGUGAAUGAGUUAAUGAACAAAUACAUGAAGUUGCCUGCAAAUGUAAUUCACAAGAAUUAAUUACACAAGGAAAGGAAGGAUAAUGGACUGGAAAAAUAAAUGGUCGGAUUUUCAACUAAAUGAAGUUAACUCGCAACACCUCCUAGCAUAUUAUUUCCAACAUUUUAUCAUGUGCAAAUAUUGUUGCAUUUCUAUUUGAGCAGAGAAAUGUUAAAACAUAACUUUUUUCUGAAUGAAAAAGCCUCUUUGCUCUUUAACAAUAGAAGGGAGAGUCCAGCCUGAUUCAACUCUUAGAUGGACCUUCCCCCCAAAGAGACACCAUAUUACUCUUGAAAAUAGCUGACUGGUUCCUUCCUUCCUUUUAAAACCCAAAAGAGCCCAAAUCCAAUAUUUUUAAAUGACACUUUUCUCUAUCAUAAAAUGUAAUUUUUCUAAGUGUCCACUGCUGGGGAGAAGCGAACAGAGACCCGUUGUUCUGGAAAGAAAAAUUCCUUACAGCACGAUAUACUACCAGUAUCACCAACACCAAAUUCAACUGUUGCAGAAAGACCUCACUCAGGGGAAGGUGAAUUAGGGAGAAUUUAGUCCCUCUUUUUCUCUACAUAAAAAGUAAAUUUUAUGAAGGCUAUUUCUCAGUUAGUAUUUGAUUAGAACAACCUGUAGAGGGCGUCCUUGCAUCAAGAGCCGUAGGGGUUUGAACACUACUGAGGGAAAAAUAUAUUUUCAAUUAAAACGACAACUUUCUGGAGUAAAGGAAAAUGUCCAUUGUGUUGCAAAAGUAUUAUCUUUAACUGGGGGACAACUGGCAUUACAAUGCUAAAGUGCUUUGAAGGUUUCGGAAUGUAUAUGAAUACAUUACAUAAAUGAAUAUUCACUGAAAUAAAAACUCAUGAAAUCUUUGAAAAGAGGUAAAUGUUAUUGUAAAGGAGAAUGGCUGUGAAGCUUUGGAUGCAAACAGACUUAAUUAUGAUUUACUUAUCAGUGGAGGUACAGUGGUUAAGAGAAUAGGCUUUGAAACCAGAGUGCCUGGAAAUUUGAACCCUGACUCUGCCUCUGACCCGGUAAGUAACCAUAGUUACCACUGGGUAACCACAGUCAACUAACUUACUGGAUCUUUUUGAGCCUUGUUUCCCCGUCAAUAAAAUGGGAAUAAUAAUAGUACCUAUUUAAAAGACUUGUGAGGUUUAAGUAAGCACUUUAAAGUACUUUUACAAUUAAAACACAAAGUUCAAAUCCAUUGUAGAUUUCGUCUAGUUCUUUUCAAAGAUCAACAGUUGCACGGUUGAAAAUAUUUCAUAAUUGGAAAUACACAUAUUCUGUUCUUUUUAGUAACUUCUCAUGACCCAACGCUUAGCUGAAUUCAUGCACGUGUUCCGCUUCUCUUCCGUUGUUGCCGGUUUGCUCUCCCCUCUUGAGGUAUCCACUUCUGCAAGGGACUGGGUGAAACAACACGCCCAGCCCCAGAUGCUCAAUCCUUGGGACAUUUGUCCAACAUUCGGAUGCCAAAAAAUACAGAAGUAAACAACUCUUUUCUGAGUCUGAAAUCUAAGUUAAAAAAAAAUUUUUAAACCUUUGCUUCCGUUUUCAUUGCUUAUCCAAGGGAUUAGGCAGGGGGCAAAACAAAUCCUCUCUGCUGGGGUCGAGUCGGUGUGGCAGGGCUGGAGCCCACUGCCAGCCACCUACUCUUCCCACAGGCAAGGCCAGAUCCUUGGUGUUGCUCUAAAGCGCCUGCGAUUUCAGUACCAGCGCGGCACGCCUCCAAAUUUCUUAAAAUACCGGCAACUAUGAAGAUAUUCACAACUUUUGGGAGCCCUACCCCAGCAGGUCAGGUAAGCCUGUCAUCCAGAGCUCAGGGAACUCUUGCAAGUGCUUCCGGUGAUCAGGGAGAAGAGCCUCCACAGCUGUUAAAAAGCAUCCUCCAUGGUGUCAGGCAAGUGGCAAUGAAACCCCACGCCCCCGCCAACCUGAGCGCCAGCCAUCAGGGAACCACUGGACGGUCGAGUCUUGGGUUUUAAAUGGAUGGGAAUGCGCCGUGUCAGCUUAGCGCGGAUGGAUGAGGAUAGGGUUUGCAGAAGGAGGAAUGGCAGUAGCGGAAAGGGAGAAGUGGAGGAAUAUGCGCCUUCAUUUAGCCCCGGAGUACAACUGGGAGUUAUCAUCAUCAUCACCUGCGCUCAGUUAAGCCCUGUGAAGUCAGUUCACCCCACUUCCCUCCAUUCAUGCCUCGUCUGGCCAGAGGCAGAAGCGAGGGACUUCCCUGAGGCGCCUUUGAGCGCCCUUCUCCGCAUCUCCCUCCACCACGUGCGCCUUUCGUGCGUGCUCCCACGCGGCGCACAGCGGCGUGGACGCGGCCUCCGGGGUCCCGUGCCGCCCCACCCCCGUGCGUCUCCCCAGCGCCGCCCAGUGGCGGCCGACUGGGCCGAGUGCCUCCUCUUUCGCACCGCACUUGCGCCGGCCCUUCCCGCUCUUCCUCUCCCGCUGUAUUUAACCCUCUGACUGUUGGCCUCGCUCGGCGGGCUGGCAUCUCCUGCUUUGCCAGUCUUGCGUCUCUGCUCUCCCCUGUUCCUCCUGCGCCCCCGCCCCCGCCCCCGGUCUUGCCCCGCUCUCGCCGGUUCUUCCACUCCCUUCUCUUCCUCCUCGCGCUCACCCGGGCUCACUCGCAUCAGAGCCGAGAGGCUACACGCCCAGCUGACUACGCGGGAACGGCUCCGGUUGAGAGACAGCUUAACGGCUGCAGGUUGGGUAGGUGCGGCAGGAGUUUCAGCUGCGAGAGCCACCAGCCAGGAGGUUCGGAGUAGUAUGGCCCGGAGAGGCGCCUUCCCUGCCGCCGCGCUCCGAUUCUGGAGCAUCCUCCCGUGCCUGCUGGUGCUGCGGGCGGAGGUCGGGCAGCCGCCGGAGGAAAGCCUGUACCUGUGGAUCGAUGCUCACCAGGCGAGAGUGCUCAUAGGAUUUGAAGAAGAUAUCUUGAUUGUUUCAGAGGGGAAAAUGGCCCCUUUUACACAUGAUUUCAGAAGAGCACAACAGAGAAUGCCAGCCAUUCCUGUCAAUAUCCAUUCCAUGAAUUUCACCUGGCAAGCUGAAGGGCAGGCAGAAUACUUCUAUGAAUUCCUGUCCUUGCGCUCCCUGGAUAAAGGCAUCAUGGCAGACCCAACCGUCAAUGUCCCUCUGCUGGGAACAGUGCCUCACAAGGCAUCAGUUGUUCAAGUUGGUUUUCCAUGUCUCGGCAAACAAGAUGGAGUGGCAGCGUUUGAAGUGAAUGUGAUUGUAAUGAAUUCUGAAGGCAACACCAUCCUGCAGACACCUCAGAAUGCCAUCUUCUUUAAAACAUGUCAACAAGCUGAGUGCCCAGGAGGGUGCCGAAAUGGAGGCUUUUGUAAUGAAAGACGGGUCUGCCAGUGUCCUGACGGAUUCUAUGGACCUCACUGUGAGAAAGCCCUUUGUACGCCACGAUGCAUGAACGGCGGGCUUUGUGUUACUCCCGGUUUCUGCAUCUGUCCACCUGGAUUCUAUGGAGUCAAUUGUGAUAAAGCAAACUGCUCAGCCACCUGCUUUAACGGAGGGACCUGUUUCUACCCUGGAAAGUGUAUUUGCCCUCCAGGACUUGAGGGGGAACAGUGUGAAAUAAGCAAAUGCCCGCAGCCCUGUCGAAAUGGAGGUAAAUGCAUUGGCAAAAGUAAAUGCAAGUGCUCCAAAGGUUACCAAGGAGACCUCUGUUCAAAGCCUGUCUGCGAGCCUGGCUGCGGUACACACGGAACCUGCCACGAACCCAACAAAUGCCAAUGUCAGGAAGGCUGGCAUGGAAGACACUGCAAUAAAAGGUACGGAGCCAGCCUCACGCAUGCCCUGAGGCCAGCAGGCGCCGGGCUCAGGCAGCACACGCCUUCACUUAAAAAGGCCGAGGAACGGCAGGACCCACCUGAAUCCAAUUACAUCUGGUGAACUCCGGCAUCUGAAACGUUUUAAGUUACACCAAGUUCAUAGCCUUUGUUAACCUUUCAUGUGUUGAAUGUUCAAAUAAUGUUCAUUACAGUUAAGAAUACUGGCCUGAAUUUUAUUAGCUUCAUUAUAAAUCACCAAGCUGAUAUUUACUCUGCCUUUUAAGUUUUCUAAGUACAUCUGUAGCGUCAUGGUAUAGAUUUUCUUGUUUCAGUGCUUUGGGACCGAUUUUAUGUUAUGUAAGUUGUUCAGGUUAAAUUUUUGUCUUUUCAGUGUGUAGUUGGCAGGUAAUUUCCAAAAGUACAAUGCAUUCAUGAUGUCGAGGGGCUGGGCAACAUUAGAGAAGAUAAAUGGAACAAAAAUGCCUGAAUCACAAGGGUCUGGAUGAAGCAGUUAUAAAAGUGCAGAAGUUAUAGCAUUUCAAAUUAUAUUGUCAUGUAUUUAGACAUUUGUCACAUUUUUUAAAUUCCCCUUAUUUCUAAACUCACAAUACAAUAUAUUUUGACCUUACCAUGAUUCCAGAGAAUUCAGUAUUGAAAAAAAAAAAGAGAGAGAAAGAAACAACACUGUGGUAGUGGCAUUAAACGAUAUAAUAUAUUGUAAACACAAUAAAAUAGGGAAUAUAAUGUAUGAACUUUUGGCAUUGGCUUGAAGCAAUAUAAUAUAUUGUAAACAAACACAGCUCUUACAUAAACAUUUUAUACUGUUUGUGUGUAUAAAAUAAAGGUGCUGCUUUAGUUUUCUG